CUUAUGCUGAAGUUGGUAGAGAUCUUGUUGCGUUUUUUACCCGCUGGCUUCACUCGGUCGAUGUGACCACCUUUGAGGAGUUGUUCGAAUUAAUUACACUGGAACAAUUUAAAAACAUCGUCCCUGAGCGGCUUACUACUUUUAUUAAUGAACACACCGUUAAAACCGUUUCUGAGGCUGCAGUGCUCGCUGAUGAGUAUGAGCUAACUCAUAAAAGUAAAUUCAGUGAACACUUUGGUAGCCGUACAUAUUCUCGAGAUGAACAUAGAUCACACUGGUUCAGUGGUAUUUCAGAUGCUCGGUAUGACGCUAGACAAGAUCCUAAACGCUCAAAUGUAAAUUCAGAUAAUCAAUGCAGGUAUUGCCUGGAGAUGGGACACUGGAAACAAGAUUGUCCCGUAUUAAAAGAUAAAAAUGAGGGUAAAUCGAACUCUACUGGAUAUAGCUUAUGCGCUGCCCCUGUGUGUCAGGUUAAUCACGCGAAAGUGGAGUUGAAAUCACGGCUGGCAGAUGACUCAGCCACUGCGGGAGGUUCAGGUUGUGUGGUGCCUGAUUGCUCUGCAGUGAAGCUGUGCAGCUCUGGUGCCAAUGAACAGGUCAGUGGAAGCUAUGGGCCUUUCAUUACCGAUGGUUUCAUUUCACUUGUUGACAGUUCGAAGAAGAUACCGGUUAAAAUAUUACGUGACACUGGCGCCACAGAGAGUUUUGUGGCGGAGACCGCUUUGCCAUUUUCUAUCAAUUCUAGCAUUGGAAAGAGUGUUCUGAUUCGGGGCAUGGGUAUGCAGACUAUGUCUGUCCCUUUGCAUAAAAUCAUGUUGAAUUCCGAUCUUGUGCAAGGGGAGGUGGUUGUGGCAGUUCGCCCGGUAUUGCCAGUGCCGGGGGUUGAUGUCAUCUUGGGAAAUCAUCUAGCCAGAGAUAAAGUGUGGGCCAGUGGGCCAGCCACACCGAUCGUAACCAUCAAGCCUAUGGAGGCUACUGGGCCAAACGAUUACGCUGCAGGAUUCCCGGAUGUUUACACGGCCGGUGUCGUGAGUAGUGCACAGAGUCACGCACAGACGGUGGGGUUAUCUGGGUUAGCAAAAGCUAGCCAUAAGAUCAUACAAAUGACGGAAUUGCCUAAUUCGUUCCAUCAGGGUGAUUUUAGUGCUGCCCAGAACGAAGACUCAGGGAAAAUGUUUGUGGGACGAUUGCGUGGGGACACUAGUAAGAAGGAUUUUAAAGAUUAUUUCUCCAAGUUUGGAGAUGUUACUGACUGUACCAUUAUAAGGGACCAACACACAGGAAGAUCAAGAAGAUUUGGUUUCAUCCGGUUCAAAGAGGCUUCCAGUGUUGACAAAGUGAUAGAGCAAAACGAACACAGGCUUGAUGGGCGACAGAUCGACCCAAAGAGGGCAAUGGCAAUGAAAAAAAGAAUCAAACAAAAGGAGAGGGUUUGUCUUCAUCACUUUCCAAGAACAGGAGCCCGUCAAAAAGAUCCUGGAGAGGAAACUCCACGAUGUGAAUGGGUCUUCAGCAACAAAGGGAAAAGAAGGACUGUGAGAUAAAAAUUGCUCUCAUUUCUCCUCUUCUGUCUCUCUGGCCCUGGCCAUCUUAAACUGCUUUUUAGGUACCAAAAUUGCUGAUGGUCAGGAGGUGGAGCGGCUGGAGAGGGAGAGGUGGCAAUGGUGUGAAUGGGGGGUCAUACCAACUGGUCCCAGUGUGAGUGUUGUAUGGUUGUGUCAGAGUGGAUGUGACCGGUUGGUUAAGGAUGGUUAAUAAAGUGUUUUGUCAUAUUUGAUGGGUUAUAUUUUUCGGCUUAAUUGGAAUGUUUUUUGGAUGUUUGCUAAAUGACAGAAUCCCAUCUCGGUGGGCUUCUGUUUUAAGGGGGGGGAUAUGUGACGACCCAGCUAACCCCGCCCACGGGCAGAUGGGAAUAUUGGUUUUGUCCUUGUCUCUGCUCAGGUGCGCGUGAUUGGCUGGAGGAUAUAAGGGCUACAAUUCCAACAUGGCGGUCUCUCUCUCCUCCUCGCGGCUUUUGUGCUUCAGUUGUGUUUUGUUUGGUGCUCCUAUACUGAUCCACACCACACUUUGAGUUAUUCCUCUACACUGACUUACACCUCACGUAGUUAAUGUUUAUUGCUUUACUAUUUCAGUAUUUCUAGUCUGUGUUAAACCCUUAUUAUUUAUUAAAUUCCCUUCUUAUUAUUGAAAUCGUGCGUGGUCUCCCCAUUUAUGUUGCGUACUUUGAGC